AAAAAUGUUAUGGAAAUUUAUAUUCAUAUUGUAAAUUAACGCUAGAAUUGAUUCUUCUUGAUUACGAAAAUUUGUGUUAUAUAAAGUGACAAGAUAAAUGAAGGUUUCAGCAUCACAAAGAUAAAUUGUAUUUAUGCAUUUAUGUCUGUAAAUAUUGGGUUGUCUGGAAAAUUGAUGCGAUUUUUAGGUAAAAAUGCCAAUCAAAUGACAAAAAAGAUAUGUGCUGUGUAUGAAGAUGUGUUAACUGAAGGAACUGUUAGCAAGUGGUUUGCGCAAUUUAAAAUUGAAAAUGUCAAUCUCAAAGAUCAAGAACAUUCAAGCCAAUUAUUCGCAAUUAAUAAUCAAAUUAUGACUGUGAUCAAUAAAAAUUUACUGCGCAAUGUUUCUGAAAUAUUAAUAACAACUUUCCGGACAAAUCAAUAUUUAACAGUAUCUUCUCUUCAAAAAGAACAAGAUUUCAAUAUGCCACCAAAACGAGGUCCAAAAGCAAAGAUUGAUUCUACCAAAGCUAAAUCUGGUAAAAAAACAGAAACAUUGAAUGAAAAAAAAUCUUCAAGACCAAAACGUGCAAAUGAUGCAAAUGAUGAACCUGCACCAAAGAGAACAAAUAUUGAAAAGGAAUUGAAGGCAUCAAAAAAUGUCAAUGAAAGCAACUCAUCUUCCACAAAGAAGGCAAAGAAUGAACCCAAACAAAUGCAGAAUAAGACAGAUACAAACUUGAAUGAGAUAGAUUUUGAAUGUACAAAAUCAAAUGAAGAAGGAAAAAAGUAUAAUCUGAAAAUUUGUACUUGGAAUGUUUCUGGAAUCAGAGCUGUCAUUAAAAAAAAUGGAAUGGAUUAUAUCAUCAAAGAAGAUGCAGAUAUCGUUGCUUUGCAAGAGACAAAAUGUGACAAAGAUAAAUUGCCAGAUGAUAUCAAACUGCCUGGAUACCAUAAUUAUUUUCUUGACAGCAAGAAGCCAGGUUAUUGUGGACUUGCUUUGCUCUGUAAAGAAAAACCAAUUUCUAUAAAAUAUGGUUUAAACAAUCCUGAAUUUGAUAGUGAAGGCAGAAUAAUUGCAGCGGAAUUUUCACAAUUUUUUUUUAUUAAUGUUUAUGUGCCAAAUGCUGGGAAUAAGUUAGUGACAUUGCCAAAAAGAUUGGAGUGGAAUAAGAUGUUUAAAAAAUAUAUUGAGGACUUAGAUCAGAAGAAACCUGUCAUUAUAUGUGGUGACAUGAAUGUAGCUCAUCAAGAAAUAGAUUUAAAGAAUCCAAAAACAAAUACCAAGAAUGCUGGAUUUACUAAAGAAGAGCGAGAUGAUAUGACAGAUUUUUUAGCUGCUGGAUUUGUAGAUACAUUCAGAUUAUUAUAUCCUGAUAAAGAAGGUGCAUACACAUUCUGGUCGUAUUUUGCCAAUGCGCGCAAUAAGGAUAUUGGAUGGCGACUGGAUUAUUUCUUGGUAUCAGAACGAAUUAAGGGUAAAGUGUGUGAUAACAUUAUAAGGAAGCAAGUUUAUGGCAGUGACCAUUGUCCUGUAAUACUUUAUAUUAAUUUGUAAUUAAUAUUGGAUUGUAUUUUAUCGUGUGUCAUAUUAAAGUAGUUUUCAGGAGUGAAUACAAAAAUUAAUACACAAAUGAAUGAUAUUUAUUUAUCAGGUGUAUGUAUUUCAUUCAUACUCUUUGAUAUUGCAUGAGAUACAUUCUUCUGAACGUGUUCUGAACGUUUGUUCUGUAAUUUUAUUUUUAUCCAAGUAAAACAAACGAGUUUAAUAAAUCUGUUUUAUAUUUUAA